AUGCGAUCAACUCCACUCGUUUUCAGUUUGCUCGCCGCCAUCACUGCAUCCGCGCCCGAGAAUUCCACUCCUCAGGAUCUCCAACCUCGGCAGAUCUCGGGAGAUGCAGACCAAUCGGGUGAUUGCUCAGGGUAUGCUUUAAAUCGAGGAACUUGGGCUGAGCUCGGAAUAGACAACUAUCUUUUACAUUACCCUGGUGGCCAGAACCUGACACUCUUUGAUUACACUCGCUCAUUGAAUGUCUUGAAUUUCGAUUGUGGGAUCGGAAGAAUGUGUUUGGCUGGACAGCUUUGUCAUCCUGUCCACGGUCGGGAUUGGGUGGUUUUGUCAGCCGUACAAGAGUGGAACUUUUACAUGAAUUCUGUCUAUGAGGCUGUCGCCACUGCCAUGGGCAUGGUCCAAGGCACCUCCGCGUCGAUGGUAGCAGACUUUUUACCCGAAGGCGACGACAAGAAAAACUUGAUCAACCUUACGGUUGGCCUUGUAGCUCUGAGUGGAAUCGUCCUACUCGGCUUCACCGCAGCGCUAAUAGUCCCUAUACUCUGGAGAUUACUCUGUGCGACCUGGAGCGCCCUCGCUUAUACUACUUCGGCGGUUGGUUCCGGGAUCGCUAGUGCUUGGGCGUUCCUCACUACUUCGGGUGCCAAUGUCGCCGUCGCCGGUGCCGUAGAGGGAACGGAGGUCGCUGCCACUACUGCCACUAGCUUGGCGGCAAGAGAAGCCGCAGAAGGUGCAACGGCCGCCGCAUUGAAGGAAGAAAAUUCAGCUUUGGUUGGAGGCACUGCUGCCAAAGGAUUACAAAAGCGUAGCCCGAAGCACCACCACGAAACUAUCAGCCAUGAUAAAUUCCAGAUGUGGUCCGCCCUCAACGCGAACCUUGAACAAUUUGAAAAUCGGUUGCAAUCCAUCAUCGCAGUGACGGCCAAGUUGACCCUUUACUCGCCAAUCAGCUCCAAGGAUGGACUAUACGGAUCUCUUCAAAACGGAACUUUCCUGUCUGACCACCCACCAAAAGCCACCUUGGUUGACAACGCACGAGACACAGUCCAACUGGGUGUUCUUGCCCAGCUGUUCAGAGUCAUGAAUGUUAUCUUUGUUAUCGAUACAAACCCGUGCAAGCAAGAAGGGCCAACAACUCCAGUGAAAAAUCCUGGAGCGGUCCACUUUUGCAGCUCUGCUGGAGUUAAAACGAGUCUAGCAAUGGUAACUCCGAAAAAAAUCGACUACGAGAUUCGUAACGGACGACUACUGUUUUCGAAAUAUAGUUACUCGACCGAAUUUCUUUAUCAGUUAGCUACUGAUUGUCAAACGCAACGAGACAACUUGGGUUUACCUGCGACCAAUGGCACGAUGACGAUGGCUAACCAUGGCUCAGGCUUCCUACAAAACCAGGCCCUUAAUCCUAUGAAUGUUACCAGCACCGAUAUCCCCAAUUAUCAGAAUAACCUCACUCAAUCUUCCGCCCCCAUUAACCCGAACUCUAACUCAUCAACGAUCUUACUGCCCGACGGGUCGUCAAUAUGCUCAUUCCCGAUCCCGAUUUGUGACCUCAGGAGUCCAGACAUUAAAUCCCGGAUCUCGGCUGGUGCCUCACCCGCUAAAGCCUGUAAAGAUUUCCUUAAAUUACCUGAUGUCUUCUUCUAA